GAAGCAUUAAUUAGUUUUAAAACCGCCAAAAGGUGUCCAAAUUAUGUUUACAUGGUAUCUGUAAUAAAACAAAGGAGUAUAUCGGCGCAGCGAUGGUAACUUUAGCUCACGGUUCUGUUUGACCUCAAAUGACCUCUUUUUGUUGUUUCUGCAGACUGGUUAAAACAGGCUGGAACUACAAUGUAUAUUGUUUCGAAGCACACGAGAAGCUCCAAUGGAACGCCAGACGACAUGUCUGCAAUAUCCAGUUGAUGCACUGAAGGUAGAAGCGGAUAACAACACAUCAGACCUUGACAAUUAUUUGGUGGAAAUCGAAAGAGGGAAGAAAACUGAUGUUGUUAUUUGCCAGGGAUGUGCCAAAAAGGUAUCAGUAUGCAGAAACAACACAUUGCAGAUGGGCAUAUAUGGACAGUUCACAGACCAUGACAGUCCUUGCCAGAAAGUGCUGAGUCUGUUUUGUGAAAACUGCAGCAAAAUAACUGCAUUCCAUAUACAGUCCCAAUGGUUUGGCCUCCAACAUGCUUUGAAGAGCUAUGACAACAGGGAUGGAUUUCACCAGGUCACAACAUUUGGUGACAGAUUUGUACUUUGGGUGCUAAACAGGAUAAUGUACAAAUACUGGGACAGUGAGCCAGGUGACAUACCUUUCUUGUCAAUAUCUCCCCACGAUGAGGCCAGGCUCGUCUGGAACAGGGGAAAUGCUGUGGGGUUCUACACAAUGAAAACAAAGGGAAUGUCUGUGCAUGAUCAUACAUCAGACACUUAUGCUCUCCCUGUGAUUGAUACAAUAUAUGUACAGAAGAAAUAUAGGAGACAGGGGUAUGGCAUGAAGAUUAUGGAAGACAUUGUGAAAGUUUUCCCCGACAUGGAUGUGGGCUUCAGUUACCCAGUGUCAUCUGCAAUGUUAAGUGUUCAGAAGAAGUUCCUGAUGUUGCACCCAGAGCACAGAGAUCACAUGUGGGAGGUGACCCACACGGGAGGAGAGGGUUAUCAGCAGAACAUUUGGUUCAAACUCAGAAAUAUUGAAAGAAAAAGACAAUUGGAAUCUCUUAGCAUAAGUGCUAAAGCUCAGCUGUAAAUGCAUGUUGGUUUUACACAUGCUCAACCUAAUGAUACUCAUUUGCCUAACAUUUAGGCUUUUUUUCUUGAAAUAUUGUUUUUUUAACAAUCAGUUUGUUGAAGAAAAAAUGAACAGGUUUUAUCAAAGCAGAACUGACAAGGUUGUAAAUACAAUAAUAGUCCUUGCACAAGAAGUUUCAGUAUCAAGUUCAUGUGCAUACUUGAAAUAUUUUGCAUUGAAAAGUGUAAAACAAAAAUUAUUUUAAAAUAUUUUUUCUUCAGUUUUAAGUUUUUGAGAAAUAUGUUAUGAUUGGAAUAAUUUGUUGUUCAGUAGUGUGAAACCAUAUUAUGUAUCGACUGUUCCUGCACAAAUUGUCAAACAGUAUUAAUAGUGUCUUUUUAUGAAGUAUUUGUGCCUUUUAACAUUCUGUCCAUGGACAAUUUGAAGCAAAAUAAAAUCUUUUUGGUUGAUGGAUGAAUAUUAUUCAUUGCAUCAGAAUUUUGAGUGGCAAAAUUUUUUAUACAAACAAGAUGCAGAAGAUUUUUAUUGUAUACUGAAACAGUUGCAUAUGCAUGAAUUUGCACAUUGACCAUAACUUGUUCUUUUUCUUCCUAUAAAUAUAAAUUAUAAAUAAAUCUA